AUGAGUCUGAAAUCACCUCAAAGCCCUUAUCAUGAUAUACCACCCGUGGCCGCUAUAGAAGAUGGUGGACCACCGAUCAGUCCAGGUUUGGUUGAGAAACCUCAUAGAUAUAGGUAUGAUGUAGUCCAAGGAUUCUUCAUUCAGAAUGGACCCGAACCGAAACAUAUGGAAUUUGACGAGAUGCUUAAAAGGAAUUUCGGUCUGAUCGAUAAAUCACCUGAAAGAUGGGAUAACCUAAGAAAGGAUGUAAUGAAAUUACAGGAUGAUGCACCUGAGGGAGUCUUGUACAAGGUCAUGUUUUUGGGUCGUCAUGGGCAAGGAUGGCAUAAUUUCGGAGCUAGCAAAUACGGUGUUGAUCCAUGGGAAGAUUAUUGGACAUUCAUCAACGGCGAUGGCGAGAUCACCUGGGGACCUGAUCCCGAAUUAACCCCCUUGGGUGUAUCUCAAGCUCAAGCCAUCCAGAAAUGCUGGAAAGAGCAAUUACCCUAUAAUCCACCUAUAUCUUCUCAAGAGAUGAGAUGGUAUGUUUCUCCGUUGACUAGGACAGGUCAGACGAUGUUGGAAUCGUGGGGUGAACUGUUGACGGGUGUACCGGAAGUAUGGGAAGACUGGAGGGAGAUUUAUGGUAGUCAUACUUGCGAUAAGAGAUCGACUAGGACAUACAUUGCAAAUCGUUUCCCUACGUUUAAGAUUGAAGAAGGUUUCGCAGAAGAGGAUGAGUUGUGGAAAGCGGACGAUAGGGAGACAGACGCUCAUAUGCAGAUGAGAGCUCAGAGAGCUAUGGACAGAUUGUUCGGUCCGGAUGGUGCAAAGGAAACUUUCAUAUCUGUAACUUCUCAUUCAGCAAUCUUAAGAAACCUCCUAGCUGUGUUACACCAUCAACCUUACCCUCUAGCUACGGGUGAGAUGAUACCUGUCGUGGUAAAAGCUACUAGAUUGAGUCCUGAGGAGAUGGACAACCAGGAGGAAUUUACCAUCACUCGAGUAAGGAUGGAUUGA